AGUCGCAGUGUCGACUAAACAAGGCGUCAAGGCCUUCUCACAACUUACAAGUGGCUGCUACUUGCAUAUUUACCAUUCGUCCCUGUGAUGUCUGUCAAUACUAGAGAGACCACACGCUUCUCUUUCGUCUCCCAGCACCCCCACAAAGCGGCUCCUAGCUUUGCAACCUUUGGAGUUCAGUCACUAAACAAAGCAGCAAAACAGAACGAACCAUGAGGAAGGAGAUCAUAAUCCGGAUUCAUGUGAAAUCCGACAAGUGCCAGGCCAAGGCCAUGAAGGUGGCAGCAGCCGGCAACGGAGUGGAGUCCGUGACGCUGUCCGGCGGCGACAAGAGCCUGCUGCUGGUGAUCGGCGACGGCGUGGACACGAACAAGCUCCUGAAGAAGCUCAAGAAGAAGGUGGGCGAGGCGGAGAUGGUGGAGCUGAGGACGCACGACACGUUCGAGGCGGCGGCGCUCCCGCUCCCGCUCCCGGGCACCAAGCAGGAGCUGGCGGCCAUGAUGGCGAUGGCGGCGGCGCGGUCGCCCUACAACAACCACCAGCAGCAGUGGCAGCACAGCUACGCCGCGGCGCCCACCAGCCCGUACUCCUACCACUACGACUACCCGUCGCCGGUGGGCGGAUAUGGCUACGGCUACGGGGCCGGCGGCGGCGCCGCUGUCAGCAGCUACUCGCGGGCCGUGGCGCGCAGCCAUCCGGCCAAUUACUCGCCGAUGGUGGAGAGGCACGACUACCAGCCCAUGGAGCACUCCUCCUCUUCCUCCUCCGGAAAGCGGAUGCAGACUAUGGCGGUGCCGCGCCAUGGCAGUGGCACCAACAGCUGCACCAUACUCUAGUGCCCGUGUGCCAACCAGUCAUGGUGCCAACUGCCAAGUCGACGCCGUUGCAGCCGCGGCCUAGCAAUCUGCAAAGCCUUGCUGCUGAAGCUGAACUGCUGGCUAGGUGCUGCUUGAAUCUUGAUGCCUUCUCAGGAACAGGAAACCGUGUGGUUAGUUACUCAUCCAUGUGUGGAUAUUUGUUAUAUUAUUAGGUUCGGUUCAGGUUUGGGAUUAGGCGUGGAAGGUUGUUAAUCUUGCACAUGUGUUCUGUGGAUGGAUCCGAGUGGAAUUAGUCGACCUGUAAAUAGUACUAUGAAAUUAGGAGUUGACUGUAAAGUUGGAUGGAUGUACAUACCAAAUAUGCUUUUCUUAUUACAUUAGACACUACCGCUUCUGUUCUGUCCAUGAUGUAAUAACUUUUGGGUUUCAAAAUUAA